UGGCGCUUAAGGUAAGAUACCGUGGGUACCUACAGUAGACAUCCUCAUAUCUCCUCACGGUCUGCCCGCGACAGCUGCACCUUCACACAGAGGAGCAUUGAAAAUAGAGCCGCCACAUCCGCGCAAACAUGAAGAUUGCAUUGUUCUCCAUCCUAGUGCUCGUUGCAGUCGUCCUCGGCUCACAGGUGCCACAGAAGGCUGUCAUCGUCACUUAUCCAGACAAUACUCCCAACAGCGUCUUGGACCAAGCCAAGGAUGCCAUCAAGGCUGCUGGGGGCAUCAUUACACAUGAAUACAAGCUGAUCAAAGGAUUUGCUGCAGAAGCACCAGCCAAAGUUCUCGAAACCGUCCAGGCGUGGGGCAGCGACUACCAUGCGGUCAUUGAAGAGGACCAGAUGGUAUCGAUUUCUGGCAGUGGGGACUAGUUCUGGAUUCGAAAGGGUGCAGGCGAGGGAAGGCACCGGCGUUGGAAUUGUACAUCAUGGCUUGCAAAUACUGGGUUUGACGAGGCGCAACUGAUAUAUCACAUGCGGCGUUCGGACAGGCGAGGGGCAGCGUCCUUGUAGUGCUGUAAUGGUAGGGACUUGAGGCCUUUUCUUUUCCUUCUUUGGUGGUGCCAUCAUUGGUGCCAUCUGCUGUAUCUAUGUUAUUACUGGAUUACCCCUCGUGCUACUCUUCUGGCGUGGCAUUGCUUCUUCCUGCUAUUCACCCCAACCCAGAGACGUAGAAGGUAAUGAGCAGCGGCCUUUCAGGACUUUCCUCACAUUAAGAGCGCCUUUGAAGGACAAACUAAAGACAAGAAGAGCGAGAGGACAAAGCCGGGGAGGUAACAACGUAUUUAGAGAUUGGGGUUCUUUGACAGGGCCAUCUUCAAUAAAGAACAAUACUAUGAAU